AUGAGCUGGGCAGGAUUCAAGAAGUCCGUGAACCGAGCGGGAACCACUCUCCUGCAGAAGACGGGCCAGAUUGAACGAACAGUCGACAGAGACUUCGCCGAAGAGGAGGCGAAAUACAAGACGUAUGAGAAGGAGUGCCAGCAGCUGCAGAAGGAUGCGAAGGGAUAUCUGGAUGCCAUGCGGGCGAUGACUUCGGCGCAGGGCCGCCUCGCGGACACAAUCGGUGUCUUCUACGACGCGGCCGACAAGACGUCUGAAGGUGCGAUGGCAGCCCAUGCAUACAAGCGUGCGGUAGACGACCUUGAUUCUGGUCUCGGACGAGAAAUGGACGCGCCCUACCGUACAACUGUCAUGGAACCCUUGGGCAAGAUGUGUGCAUACUUCCCCGUUGUCAACGAGCAUAUUUCCAAGCGGAACAAGAAGCUACUGGACUACGACUCUGCCAGGAGCAAGAUGAACAAACUCAUUGCGAAGCCCAGCGAGGACCCGACAAAGCUGCCAAGGGCUCAGCAGGAAUUUGACGACACAAAGGAGGUGUUCGACAUGCUGAACGAGCAGCUCAUUGCGGAACUUCCCCAGCUGCUCGACCUCCGAGUGCCCUUUUUUGACCCGAGUUUCGAAGCGAUGAUCCGCAUGCAAUGCAAAUUCGCGGAGGAAGGAUACGAGAAACUUAGUGGUGUUCAGAGGUACUUUGCGGACAAUGUACGAGACGACUACGCAGCCGGCCAGCUGGAUGCACAAGUCGAGGGCGUUCUCCAAGAGAUGAGGGAGCUAACAAUCUGCGGAGCCAGUUAAACGAGUCUAGAUGCUUGUAUAACAAGCUGUGUAGUUCUACUCUUUCGUGGAGUUCUCAGCUUUCUCUCAGGACGUACGAUAUGCGGAAUGCGCCAUUUGGAAUUCGACGGAUAGUUUACGACAUUGAUUGAUGGUAUAUAAGCAGCGGCUUUCUCGAAAGCAUGCUGAUGGACU